AUGUCGAACGAUGGAAAUACUGACAUUCAGAACGCCCAUUCGUUGCCCACCACUGCAUCCCUAAUGCAUCUUCUCACAUGCAUAUCGGAGAACUUGCGGGGAACACGAGGAUCAAAGUCAAAGGAGGUGAUCCAGGGUGGCAAGAGAGGCGAUGCUGCAUUUACUGGAUUCGGAACCAUGAGGACAAAUGAUAGAGGUGGUACUGUGUUCAAAGCACCCACUCUUGCAGCCAAGACAACCAACCACGCACCAGACGCAGACAUUUUCGGACCUGUAAACGACGCUAAAGAUAAGGCAUGUCCGGUGGACGAAGGAACUGGCAAUAUUCUGUCCAACUCUCUUUCUUCGCGUCGUUCUGUUGCGCUCAAACGUCACAUUCCAGAGAUCAUGAAGAAAUUUACAGUGAGACACCUUGAUGCAGUCGGGGUGUCCAAGGCGCAUCCGGAGCUGAAGGAACUCUUUGCUAAAGCUAUCACGCUGCACUGUCGCACUCGGUAA